AUGACGGGCUCGGACGAGCCGUUGAGGAUCUUGUCACUUGAUGGCGGUGGAAUCCGUGGAAUCUCAAGCCUUCUCAUCUUAGAGAGGAUUAUGCAGAAGAUCGGGAAUGCCAAGGGUCUUAGUGACGUUCCGCGACCGUGUGACCAUUUUGACUUGAUCGGUGGCACAAGCACUGGAGGAAUCAUCGCCAUAUUGCUUGGGAGAUUAGGCUUGACUGUCGACGAAUGCAUAACCGCCUACAGAAAGGUUGCUAAAAAGGCCUUCACUCCGAAAAGGACGUCGUUUUUGCCAGCCGCACCCAAAGGAGCAUUCUCGGAAAAGUCACUUGAGGAUGCUAUGAAAGAGAUCGUAAGGGAGUACUGCACCGAUAUCGAUUGCGUGACACGUCGGCGCGAGGGCCAUGCGACUGUUAAGACAUGUCCUCAUUCUGACAUGGCAUUCCGAGACCAUGGAUGCAAGAAAACCGUGGUCUUGGCGAUCACAAAAGAUAAUAUCGAUGCACCACCAACCCUCUUCACAACAUACGAUUCAUCGGCGGCCUUCGCAACCUCUACCCUUUGGCAGGUUGCGCGUGCUACUUCAGCAGCGACCACCUUUUUCAAGUCAAUCAAAGUCGGCCGCGAUCAAAUCGAGUUCAUCGAUGCUGCUUUCGGAUACAAUAAUCCAAGUGAGAUCAUGAUCCAGGAGGCUCAGCGAGAAUUCCCUGGACGCACAAUCAGGAUUCUCAGCCUCGGAGCAGGUCUCGGGGAUGUCAUUACCAUCAAAAAUACACGAGUAUCUAUCAUCACUGCUUUGAAGAACAUCGCCACGUCGUCCAAGAGAGUAGCAGCAAAUAUGGACUUUCGCUUUGGCGAUAGUGGCGAAUACCAUCGGUUCAACGUGGUUCAGGGUCUUCAAGACAUCACAUUGUCUGAUUGGGAGGAGGCUAGUACCAUUUCUGCACACACUUACAACUAUCUGAAUGAGAGUGAACGUGCGCUUAAGAAAUUUGUCGAUGACUUCAUCCAUCAACCUCAAGAAUCUGCGCUGGGCUUGGAGGAGGCAGUAAAGCAGGGCAAAACGAUCACAAGUUAG